UGAACGUGUAUGAACAGGGUUGCAGAUAUGGCAAUGCACUACAAGCAGCAGCAGCGGAAGGAAACGAAUCGGUUGUGCGGUUUCUCCUCGAGCACAGGGCCGAAGUGAAUGCUCAGGGUGGCAAGUAUGGCAAUGCACUACAAGCCGCUGCAUAUCAGGGAAGCGAAUCGGUUGUGCAGCUUCUCCUCGAGCGUGGGGCAGACGUGAAUGCUCAGGGUGGCAAGUAUGGCGAUGCACGGAAAGCAGCUCUGUAUCGCGGGAACUGGUCAGUGGUACGGAUUCUUGACGAGGGU